GCAGUAGGAGGAGGUUAUUCUGCCAGGUUACUCUCAUGCGUCAACUAGCAGCACCUAGCUGGGAAUUACCACGCCGGCUUAACAACCUAAAAACCCUCUAGUUCGGUGUGACUUACAUCAAGACUGUACUUAGAAAAAGAGAGUGAAUGGGAAAUUCAAUAAAGUAUGCAACUGUUUGACUGUUAAGAGCCAUGUAAGCCGAAGAGUCAUGGAAAAGUGACUCUUUGUGAUAAUGAUGCAACUUGGGACUGGUGGUGAAGUAGACAUACUGUAGUGAGCAGCAGAGGUGGUAGUGGUGGUGGUGCCGUGGGGCUUCCCUCCAUACACAACCUGCCGAGUACAGAAGCUGGUGGUCCUGGUCUGGACGCUGGACUCUGGCAAGGCAGUGCCCUCUGGAGCAGCAUCCACUGUCUGCUGCUUCCUUCAUGAUCUACUCCUGACUCCUGUGUACUCUUUUUAUGCUAUCCCUGCUGCAGCACCCAUGGCCAGACUCAACCUGUCCACUACAUCCUUGUCAGUGUGUGUGUCAUCACCACUGGUAUUCUGUCUUACACUGUCUUAAUGACUAGUGUUUGUCAACUGUAGGCAUCACUGUGAUUUGGCUGUUUAAGGUACCUUAACACGUAUUUUAAGUUAACACGCCUUAAUUUGUGCCUAUUAGUUGCAAAGUUAAUAUUUUUAAUUGUAAAAUUUAAGCACCACAAACUUGAGCCAUCCGUUACAUGCACACCAAGCUUAUUGGCUUCAACCUAAAAUAUAUAUAUAUAUAUAAAGUUAGAUGCUGUCAGCCUUACUAUCAGUCAUCUUAGAGACUUUGGGAGGAGUUUAUCCUGUGAUAAGCAGUCACUGACACUGUUGGCUGCUACACUAGACAUCCGUCCACCGGCCUUAUCCUUCAUCACCGUCUCUUCUUACACAUUGCUUCCUAAACUCGAGCUUAUCUGUACUAUACGGAGGAGGCAACGUCCUGGGCUAGUGUGAGGGCUCACUCUGUGAAGAAUUGCUGUGGUGGUGAGGGGGAAACCCCCUUAUUCAUGCCAGCGUGUUACCAUUGCUAGUGUGGUAGGCGCAUCCAAAUAUUGAUUACCCUGGCAUUGUCCCCUACUACUAGCGUCUACGGGGAGCACGUGCUGCUAUACGUGACUGGAAUACUGCAGUGAGUGGUAAAGUUAAACUGUGUUCAUUCUUCCACGAGUGGAGUUGGUGCUGUUGAAGUGUGUUCUGCGCCGCCGUCAUGACCGUCACUUACACCAGCCAGGUAGCCACCUGCAGCGGCCUAGGCUGCUUCUGGAAACUUCUCUUCAGGUGGAAGGGAAGUAUCUACAAGCUGGUGUGGCCAGAACUGCUGGUUUACAGCCUCAUCUAUUACAUUUUCAACUUUGUAUACAGAUUCUCUCUCAAUGAGGAUCAGAAAAGGGUCAUAAAAGUCAAUAUUGUGAGCCAGUGUGUAAUUGGCAAGAAGUCAUUGCAGGAUGAGCGUUCACGUCUGAUGCGGAGAACUGUCAUGCGCUACGUCAAUCUUACUGAACUCAUCACGCUUAUCAUGAUCAGUCCCACUGUCAAGAAGCGGUUCCCUACCCUUGAUCACGUGGUUGAAGCAGGUUUUAUGACAUCAAAUGAGAAGAAAAUUUUUGAUGCCCUUGAUGAAAAAACUUCUCAUCCCAAAUACUGGAUGCCACUUGUGUGGGCUGGUAGUAUUGUUACCAGGGCUCGGAAAGAAGGCAGAAUCAGGGAUGAUUUUGCUGUCAAAACAAUUAUAGAUGAAAUCAACAGAUUCAGAGGACUGUGUGGAGGACUUCUUAGUUAUGACUGGAUAAGCAUCCCAUUGGUUUACACUCAGGUAGUGGUGACAUGGCUGUGUACUCCAUUUUUCCUGGCCACGCAUCAGGUCCGUCAGUUUCUGGAUCCAAAACAGAAGAUUGAUAAGCACCAUAUUGACUUCUAUGUUCCAGUCUUCACAUUAUUACAGUUUUUCUUCUACAUGGGUUGGCUGAAAGUUGCAGAGUCUUUGGUUAAUCCCUUUGGAGAAGAUGAUGAUGACUUCGAAGUCAAUUGGCUUGGUGGACAGAAAAUUUUUUGCAUGGUGGAACCUUGGCUUAUGAGUGCCCCACCUUAUAAGUUUUUCAGGAUACGAGCAGUCUCCUACCUUAUUGUGGAUGAGAUGCACAGUGAACAUCCUGAGCUUAUUCAAGACAUGUACUGGGAUGAAGUAUUUCCUCAGGAACUUCCUUAUACUAUUGCUUCUGAGGCGUUCAGACGAGAACCUCCUCAGGGCUCAACUGCAAAUAUUGAAGUGCCAGAGACUGAACAGGAAUUCUUGCCCUUGCUGGAAGAGGAAGAGGACGAGGGAAUAGAUGAAUCAAUGUCUGCUUUCCCAGGUGACUUGGAAAAUGGUUCACGAGCUAUUGACAUAAAGAAGAAAGGUGGAAGUCCAAGGUCGUCCUCAUCUGGGAUAGCUUCAUCCCAGCCCAUGCCUCGGAAACCUUCUGUGUUGUCCAUGUUGUGGAACAGAAUGAAAUCUGACAGUCAAGAUAAUGUCCGACGUCCAAAUAUCAGGCCUAAUGCAAGCACUACAUCAUUUCGCCAAAAACGUCAUCGUGGCUUGAUGAGGUCAGCAUCACGUGUGUCCUCAGCAUCCCAUGUAACUUCUCAGAGUCCUGAGAUGAUAGCAAGAAAUCAGACUUUGGCUACACAGGAUAGUGCUAUUUUUCGUAUGUCAGACCUAUCCAUUAACACACCAGCCACAGAUGAUGUUUCCAGUCCACGACCCAAAGGCAGACAUAAUUCUUAUGAUGAUGAUGAGCCAAUACUUAUUAAAAUAAAACGCAGAGAUCCCGAUGGUAAUGUUAUAAUGUCACGCUCCUCUGAUGACUUUGAUAAUGCACACGAAUCGGGUCGAGGACAUCUGUUUCAAAAACAGAAGAAGCCAGGAUCAAAACAGAUGUUUACUGAAGCUCCUGCUAAUGAAGCAAUGUCUCCAGUGAUUAAAGAUGCAACCAGUGGUGAUAAUAAGAGUCUAGGCAGCAAUGCUUCCAUCCGCACCUCAAUAUUCCAGGGAGAUGGAGAUGAUGGAGUUAUUGCUGAAGAGGAGACAGAAUUGAUGCAGCAAAAGAAAAGAGGAGGCCUAAGCAACAUGAAUCUCAAAGGAUUGUCCAAGAUUCUCAGUCCAACAAGGUCAUUCCAUGGGGAACCCAGUGCAUCAUCAUCCCCAAUAAAACACAGUAGUGGGCACCUAGCUGCAGGAGCAUCUCAACCAGAUCACCUCUCAGGUACAGAAUAUGACAGUCAGCAUGUCAGGUCACAGAAGCAGGAUGGAGCCAGUGCUAGUGAACCAGUAUCCCCAACUCCCAGGUCCCCUGACAGCCAGUGGAGAAACACCCAGAGCCUAGCCACUCUAAAUGCUUCAAAUAAUAAGCCUGCAAGAUCUCAAUCUGCAACUUCUCUUCCACUUGGUGAGGGGGAGAGUACCUCAAUUUAUAAACCUUUCAGUGGUGAUCUGAACAUAUUUAUUGAAGAAGCAUCUCCAGAAAGUGCAAGUCCAGUAAAAAAAUUCAGUUUCCUUCAAACUGAGCAAACAUCUGGAGAAGCUGACAUUCCAGAACUAUCCAUUGCAAAGGAUGCAUUAGAAACAAUUAUUGAAGGUCCAUCAGAAACUAUGUCAGAAGAUAAAUUUGACUUGGUGGCAGAAAGUAGAAUGAGGCUUAUUUCAGAAAGUGAAUUAGAAGCAAUACCAGAAGCUGAUGAUACUUAUAGUGCUCUUGAAAGAAAGAAACUGUUGGACGAUUGACUAAAAUUUAAAUAGACCUGUUAUUUUCCAAAGUUACAAGUUUUCUCAACAUUUGCCUAUCAUUCAGUUUUUAUGAUUAUAACAGCUGAAGUGUAACUUUUACAGUAAUACUGAUAAUGCUGCUAUAUCAUCUGCAUAUUUUAACUUAUCCAGCAGAGUGGCACGAACAGUCCAGUAGGCCUCUUUAAAAUUGCACAUUACCCAUAUUAACCUUUCAUCCUCUUACCUCCUCACACACUCCACAUUAUUCUGAGUCCUGUCUCCUACCUUUUAUCUUCAUUUUGGUAUUCCAUUUGUCAUCCUGUUUUCUUUGAUAUUACUUAUCUUAAUUUUUUGAAUAUGCUGGCUGUCUCCCACAGAGGUUGAGUGAACCCUCCACCCCUUCCCCAAAAAAGGGAUAAAACAUUCACCAUCAUUAAUUCACUAUAUAGCUAUCUUCCCAAAUAUGCACUGACAUCACAGUUCACAUAACUCUCCUAACUGAAACAUCCUAACCUCUUAAGAAUGCAGGCACUGUACUUCCCACCUCUGUGACCUGAGUCCAGUUAACCAGUUUCCCUGAAUCCCUCCAUGAGUGAUAACUUGCUCACCCCAGCACCCCUCAGUGGAAGUUCUUUAAUGUCUGUGAGAAGCUCUUGAUCCCUUUUCUUGUAUUGAACCUGAUGACUCAUUCCCCCAGGAGCUGUAUGACGUACAUAGAUAUAGCAUGCCUCAUGAAUGUAAUAGUGCAAUAAUAAUAAUAAUCAUCAUCACAAACAUCAUGUCAAAUUCCUAAAACCCUGCGAAUCCAUUCACCCCAGUUUAACAUAGUGUGUUGCUCACAUACACACCUGGCUACUCAAACUCCUACCACCUAAAACUUCCUUCAUACCCUCCUUCCAACCCUUUCACAUGUUUCCUUCCAUAACUCUCUUCACUGUCAUGACUAUUCCUGACAUUGCUUUUAUGUAGUACAUUAACGGGAAAUUGUAACAAGCUACCACCAAACAAUUUUUUGCUGUUUUUAAAUAUCUGAAUUUGGAUACAACAUUGUCUUUAUUUAGAUACUAAUACUAUUGUCUUCAUUUAUUGAACUGUAUUCACCUCCUAAACAUGUAACUAAUAUUCUACAGUGUCUUGCUUAUAUAUUGUCAUGUCCAUGCACUAACAUCCCCCACUUUUCAUUCUCUUUUUCCUUAAAAAUUAAUCUGAGGGAAAUCAUGACAUCUAAUAGCCUCAAGACAGCCUUUUUGAAAUACAACCUCUCCUCGCUUAGCAACAUACGCGUUUACCAAUGACAUGGACUUACGACGGGUUCUCUGACCAUUAUGCAUACCUAAAUAAUGUAUAUUAGAGCUGAUUUUCUCUAUUCUCUUAUUCCAAUACACAGUACACUACUGUAUUAACAUUUAAAAAUAUACUAAAAAUGUUUAAAUGGUGCCAAGGUGACAUUAAAACAAUAUCAAAGAUAGUUGACACAAAUCCACUACCAUUAUAGCAUACUCCUUGCUUAGUGACGAAUUAGUUUAUAGACAUAUACUUAGGAAUGGAACUUUGUUAAGUGAGAAGAGGCUGUAUUAUGUCAUGACAUAUAAAUGAUUCCUAUAAUUAUGUUAAUUAGGAGUAAAUAAUAAAACAUACGAAUUCAAAGUUUUAUUACAAUUCAGAUAUGUUUUAAUUAAAAUUUAUUAAAAAUAAAAAAAAUACAGUAUACAGCAGUAAUUAAUUCCUCCCAAAAUAAUGAUAUAUAUAGUGUGAUUUUUGUUAAAUCUAUUUUCAGUAAUAACCAAGUACAGUAGGGCCCCACUUAUACGGCGGGUUAGGUUCCAGGCUGUCGCCGGAAAGCAGACAUCGCCGGAAGCAGAACACCAUUUUUUUUCCAUUUAUAAAUGCAUAUAAAUGCCAGACAACAAGUUUACACUAAAUUAUAUUAAGUUAGUAAUAGAACUAGGCAUUAAAAACACAAAGUAAAAUACAUUCACAGUAAAUUCAUUACUUAUCUUAAAGUAUUUGUAAUCUUAAUGUAGGGAGAGAGGUGAGUAGUACUUGUAGGAAGUCAGGUGCAGGUAGCCCAGGUGUAGGUAGCCCUAUAUACGAUAUUUAAAACAUCCCCGAGAGGUAAAAUACACAUAUAGUACACUCAUUAUUUACCUUCAAAUAUGUGUAGUCUUAAUAUGGGAGGAGAGGUGAGUAGUAUUUAUUUGUAGGAAGUCAGUGUAGGUAGCCGGUAGGUGUAGCCCACCUGGACUACACCUACUGGCUACCUACACUGUGGGCCAGAGCCAUAUUAUUAACAUCGACAUGCCUUGUUCACUGAAUUUAAUCAUUUCUAACAACUACCUUUAGAUGCCAUCAUAAACGAAGGUAGAAGUAAUGAAUAAUUCAUGCCGAAAAUUGUAAACAAAAGCAGAGUGAGGGAGUGGCUGGGCCAAACGCAGAUUCAUACACGUUUUCUCUGAUGGCUGAGCAAAGAAAACGUAAUGUUGUUCCUCCACCUGGCUACCACACACAUCCACAAGUAUUAUCAGAGCACACAUAAAAUAUGCAAUAAAUGCCAGACAACAAGUUUACACUAACUUAUAUUAAGUUAGCAAUGGAAAAAGCCAUUAAAAACACAAUAAAAGAUAAGAUACACACAGAGUACACUUAUUACUUACCUUAAAAUAUUAAUAUUAAUGUGUGAGAGGUGAGUGGCAGGGUAUUUAUUGAAUAAAAUCAGAAUGGCAUGCCAUCAUUCUCUAACUUGGCACUUAAAGCAAAAGGCUUACGACUUCUCUUUUUAUCACAGCUAAGCUUAGACGCCAUUGUCAAUGAGAGCCAACUUGUUAACGAAAGAGUAAAUGAGAGAGAGAACGAAAUACAGAGUUCAGACAAUGUAAGAACACAAAGUGAACAGGUAGUGGACGAUCACUUGGUCAGGCGAAAUAAAUGCGUAUUAAUGUGUGUGUACUUUUAGUUCAUUCACGUCCGUUUGUAAGAGUUUGUAAAACAUUUACCUCAAUAUUUUUUUAUUAUAAUAAUAAUUACCUCACAAUACAAAUACUCUUACAUUGUGUACAAGUUGUACAAGUUAGUUCAGAAUAAACAAACAGCAACACACCAUUUUUAGAGUGAAGAUAAUAAUAAAUUAUUAUUAUUAUUAUUAAUAAUAAUAAUAUUAAUAAUAUUAUUAUUAUUAUUAUUAUAAAAAGCGCUAAACCCACAAGGGUCGUGGAUUGCUAUAUAUAGAGUGAAGGCAUACGAAAAGAAUACUUUUCUACAGUUACCCCCCAGUGUUUGACUAGAGAAAAUGUAAUUCUUCCGACACUACCUACACAGCUGCUUUGUAAACAAAUCUCAUAUUUACAUCAAUUUUUAUUCUGUGAGUGCAUGUAUCAUGUUUAUAUGCUAUGUAAUGGGUUUCAUAUAUAAUUUUGAGGAAAAUAUCAUAGAUGGAUUAAUGAAAAUGCCUAUAUUGAUGUAAAAUAAGACAUUUAGUGUUCCCAAGAGUGAUUAUUAUUAUGUAGUAUUGGCGUCAUGAGUAGAGAGAGACUUAGCGAUUUUAAUGUGUACCUGCACACCAGCACAGUGUGUAAGUAUAUUUAGGUAUAGGUACACUUAAGUAUAAUUAUCAGAGUACAUAUAAAAUAUGCAGUAACUUUAAAACACUUGAAAUUUUUGGAAAGUUUCCUGACAUGAUAGAUGUGGUCACGGAAAAUGUAAACAAACCGGGUGGGGGGCACCGUAUUUGAAAGACCGCUUGCCGUAUAGCAAAUUUUGGUCAUAAUUUGACAUCGCCGUAUUAGCGGAAUGCCGUAAGGCAAAACGCCGUAAAGCGGGGCCUUACUGUACUGCAACUUAACUGGAAACAACAUUAAUGAUGUUACAUCCUGGGGAGGGAAGAGCAUUAAAUCCAAAGGAUUCAUACAGCACCAGGGGAAAUGGGAGGCAAUCAGGUUCAAUCCAAGGAUUGGAAGGGCAGGUUCAAUUCCUUGAAUCAAGAGCUUUUCAUGAAGCAAUCUCCCUUGAGGAGCUAAUUCCAAUGGAAUCAUGUGACAAUGGAUCCAUGUGCACACGUACCUUUCACAUAGCUCUGAUACACACUGAGUUCAUCUCAUCAGCCAGGAGGGUAGUGUCAUGAAAAGUUAAAAGCCCCCUUCUUCCCCAAGCUGUACAGAAAUGUUGAAAUUAAGCAUUCAUCCAAAACCAUACAGGUGCAGAUAAAUGUUUAUAUAAUUCAUGUUAAAUAAUAUAGAAAUAAAAGUGACUUCAACAAAGUUUACUAUAGAAGGCAAACUACCACUGACACCAUGCUCAUACAAAAUUAUGACUCAUUAAUACACUAAACAAUAGCCUUAUGACAAUAUAAUUUACUACAAAAGGGCAUAUGGCAAUUAUAUAUGAUGACCUUGAUUUAGCUACCAUAUGCUGGCAAGCACAAUAAGCAUCCAUAUUGAAAUAUGAAUGACAUUAUAUAAUAGCCUUGAGACAGCCUUAUUGACAUCUUUUCUUGGCUUGUUCUGUUUACACUGUCAUAUCUUUACAGUAUGUAUAUGUGUGUGUUUUUCUGAGAUACAGUAUUAGUUAAUAUCCAACACUCGGACUCUGCUCUGUUCCAGCAAAAAUUCCUUGCAGUUAAAUUAUGCAUUUGUUAAUUUUUGAUUCAGUGUGACCAUACCUCAUAUCACUGGUUUUUUCAACUAUACUAUGUCUUCAAGAUUUCAUGUUGCCUGUUUCACCUAGUUUACUAAUAUGAUGCUACAUGUACAGUACUGUAUUCCUUAAAUAAAUUAUAUCAACAA